AUGGACCCUCGUUGGGACCAGGGCGAGGGCGACCAGGGUGAGAGCCGUGGCACCCUGGUCAACAGAAUCAUGGCGGCAGCUCAUGGAGCAUCCGCGGCCGAAAAUGCGUCCGAUAAGCCACAGACGGCUGGCAUGAGUGAAGAGGAUGCCUUGAAGAAUCUCACAGGCGCUGUCAGAGACCAGGACGACUUGGAACGAGAUAUCACCAUUCAAGCCAACACGGCGCUGAUGGAAGCAGAGGACAGCAAGGAUAAGAACCGAAUUGUCAAGCUAGAUGCAACAAAACAGCGUCUCCGGCUCCAGCUAGACAAGGAAAAGAAGAGGCUCGAGCGAGUUGCCGGAAACCCGUAUCAGUCUCGAAAUGCCCAAAAGGAGAUUGCCAAGCUCGAGGAUGACAUUCGCCAAGCCAGCCAAGAUGCCUCCGACUUCCAAGCCCGCAUCAAUAAGCGACACCAGGAAGAUCCCCUGGAAAAGACCAACAUGGCCAAGGCAGGCAGACUCCCUGGCGAGAGUCACCGCGACUAUCUCAUCCGCACUGGAAAGAUCACUCCUUUUGCCAAAAUCGGCGGUGCAAGGUCCCUUGAUCUACAAGGGCAGCUGGCCGACACGAUUCUGGAUGCCGAGCAGGAUUCCUUGGCCGAGCAGUUGGAUAAUGAUGCCCAAGGGCCGACGUCUCACCAGGCGCUGCGGCGUCCCGGCUUUGCCGACGAAGCCGAGGCCAAACGGCGAGUCCAGAAAGAGCGCAGUCCUUCUGCUGAGUUCGAUCCCAAGGCUUCGUCGGGCUCUGAGCUGCUCGACACCACUCUCUGGCAACAAGGCACAGAAGACGACCUGGUUCGACAACAGCGUUGCAAGAACAAGGCCAAGGCCAAAGCCAAGGAAUCGGAGUCGGAGGAGAUCGACCUCAGUAAAAUAGACGACGGAAACGAAGCGCACUACCAGAAGAGGCUCAAAGAUUGGAUUUCUCGGAGGAGCCGUGCCAGGCGAGCUCGUCGACAAGCCGAUGGGUCCAGCAAUGCUGCCGCAGAGAGCGACGGGGAGGAAGAGGAAUGGCACAAGCCCUCGCCAGACUACGCCGAUCACUACUUCGACGACGACCUCAAGCUCCCUGGCGACAUUCACCCCUCUCUUUUCGGAUAUCAAAAGACGGGAGUUCAAUGGCUGGCUGAACUCUACAAGCAAAGUGUCGGCGGCAUCAUCGGCGACGAGAUGGGACUCGGAAAGACCGUGCAGUUGAUUGCUUUCAUCGCCGCCCUCCACUGUAGCAAGAAGCUCAAGCGCCCAGUGAUUGUCGUCGCCCCAGCAACUUUGCUUCGCCAAUGGGUGAGCGAGUUUCAUCGUUGGCUGGAGGACGAUUAUGACAUUGGGCGCAAUCGUCCCGUUGCAAGCAAGUCCCUGGGCGCUGCCAGGCGCAUCGUCAGGGGGGUCGUCGCCAAGGGCCACGUGCUCGUGACCACGUACACUGGCCUGCAAACGUACGCGAACGAGCUGCUCCCCGUCGAAUGGGAGUACGCAGUGCUUGACGAGGGCCACAAGAUUCGAAACCCCAAUGCGGAAAUCACUGUCAGCUGCAAGGAACUCAACACUCCAAACCGUAUUAUCCUGUCCGGAACGCCGGUGCAGAACAACCUGACGGAACUGUGGUCCCUCUUUGACUUCAUCUAUCCCAUGCGCCUGGGAACGCUCGUCAACUUCCGGACCCAAUUCGAGAUUCCGAUUCGGCAGGGCGGCUACGCCAACGCAUCCAACCUCCAGGUCAUGACGGCCGAGAAGUGCGCCGAGGCGUUGAAGGAGACGAUCGGUGAAUACUUGUUGCAGCGCCUCAAGGUAGAUGUGGCCGCAGACUUGCCAGAAAAGACGGAGCAAGUGCUGUUCUGCAAGCUAACCGACGGGCAACGCCAAGCAUACGAGACGUUUCUCAAGUCUGACGAGGUCUCGGCCAUUUUGAACCGAAGACGUCAGUCUUUGUAUGGCAUCGACAUACUGCGCAAGAUUUGCAACCACCCCGAUCUGUUGGAUAAAAGCCUUGCGCGCAAAGCGGGCUACGACUUCGGAAGCCCGAGGCUCUCUGCCAAGCUCCAGCUCACCAAGGACUUUUUGCAAAAGGUCAUGGUUCCCAACGGCCACAAGACGCUGCUCUUUUCGCAGGGAAAGCUGAUGCUCAACAUCAUCGAGAAGUGCAUCGGAGAGUGUGGCAUCGCGUACGUGCGCAUGGAUGGAGAAACGCCGGUUGACCAGAGACAGCCAAUGAUUGACAGAUUCAACACCGACCCGCAGAUUCACGUCUUUCUCAUGACGACGCGCACAGGUGGGCUGGGCACCAACCUCACGGGAGCAGAUCGCAUCAUCAUUUUUGACCCGGACUGGAACCCUUCCACCGACCUGCAGGCCCGAGAGCGCGCUUGGAGGCUGGGGCAGAAGAAGCCUGUCAAGAUCUACCGUCUCAUGACGGAAGGGACGAUUGAGGAGAAGAUUUAUCAUCGGCAGAUCUUCAAACAGUUCAUGACGAACAAGGUGUUGAAAGACCCCAAGCAACGAAGCUCAUAUGAUCUGACGGACUUGUACGACUUAUUCAGCUUCAACGCCGGCGACAACGCCGCCCUUCAACGAAGUGAAGUAUUCAAAGGCGCCGAAGUCGACCUGGCUGGUUCCACAACCGAUGCGCAGAAGCUGGAGCCUAUCGGCAGCAUAGGGCGAAAAGAGGGCGAUGCCGAGCAACGUGAGCUCCAAAACAUGCACCUGGUUGCUGCCAUGGAAGAGUUCAAGGAAGACAAAUCCGUCCACGAUGAGAGACGGAUGCUGGAGGGUAUUUUUGCCCGCUCUGUGAACAGCGCCUACGACCACGAGCAGAUUGUGAAUGGCCCGCAGAAGGCCAAGGCGGACGUAGGCGUCCUCCGGCAGGAGGCCAAUGAAGUGGCGCGCCAGGCGGCAGCUCAUCUUCGCCUGUCGGCCCAAGAGGCCCGUCGCGUACCUAUUGGGACAGUCACCUGGACUGGUGAGGUUGGCUCAGGGGGUCGCCCCGGAGCAAAUCGACGCCGGGGUGGGCCGAGCUCAGCCGGCAUCAUGAGUAACUUGGCUGAGCGCCAAGGCCUAGACUUCGGCAGCGGCAGUAGUUCCCGCUCGACGCCGGGGGCCGACAAGAACCUUAAGUCCAAGGACUUUGUGGCCUUGAUCAAGACCUUCAUCAACCGCCACGGCGGGCGCGUGCCCAGCAAGAUGCUGGUGGACCACUUCAACCCCUACUGCCCCGGCAAGAAGCAGAGCGACGAGUUCAAGGCGGCCUUGGACCGCGUGGCUGUCCUCGACAAGGUCGGCGGUACAGGGAGGGGAAUGUGGACGCUGAAGCCGGGUGCCUCGUGA